UAUAAAAUUACUUAAAAAGUAUUACAUUAAGAAAAAAGUAUAAAUCUUUAUAAAAACUCAAAAUUUCAAAAAUUUAAUGUAUUAUAAAAUAUAAUUAAUUUUUAAAUUUUAUGGAACAUAUAGUUUCACUAGGUUCACUAAAAAUUGGAUUUUUAUGUGCUUCCAAAUAUACCCAUGUAUUAGCCAAUUGUAGAAAAAUGUUUAAACCUAAAUGGAAGCAAUUAAGACAGGAAAUGAGCUUUGUUAAUCUUGGUCAACACGUUGACUAAUCAUUGUAAAAUGUCAAUGGCAGCAUAUGCAUAUCUAUACGCAACCAGCAAAGAAAGUCCUUAGAUCGUGGUCCACUAAAAUAUGUAGUUGUAAAUAUUAAUCACAUGUCCAUGAAACAUUAUCCAUCAUGUUGAUGUAUACAUCUCUAGAUUUAUGUAUGACUAAUACAAUCCCAAGUCUACCAACCAUUUGGAGAUAUUCUAAAAAGACUUCGUUAAACAAAGAGACAAACUCCUAAACUUAAUUAUUUAUGCAAUUUGAAAUUGAUUAAACUUUUGGUUGGAUUUUUUUGUAACAGUGUCAUUUGUAUGAUUAUAAAUUUGCAAGAUGAUCAACUAGAUAUAUACAUAGUCAUUUAUUUAUUGGUCUUGACUUACAGCGUUUUUUUUGGCAUCAUUUACAGCGUUAUAAGCUCUUUUUUGGUUAAUGAUCAAAUGUACAUUACAGAUCAUCUAUUAGUGGUGAUGUUUACCAACUUUGACUUUUAGAUCAUAUUCUGGAGUGCUAAAGGUAAAAUGCAUAUAUCUAUUAUCUCAAAUGCAUGUAGUUUUUUUUAUAUAAUUCUAGAUGUUCGAUCUAUAUUAUAUAGCCAAAGGCUUUCCAAGCCUCUAAUCAUUGAUGUAUCAUAAUUCCACACUUGCACAAUACAUCACACGUACAAUACAUGAAGUGUUGUUGUUGUUGUUGUCGAUAUUACACGAAGUAUUACCAAAAAUGUAUUUUGCAUUUGAAUUCAGAUCCAACAACAUUUUACGUGAUAGUAUAACUAUGUAUAUAUACAUACAAUAUAUGUUUUUGUUGAUAAAAUAAGUUGCAUGUAAAAGUACAAGUUAUAAAUUCAAUAAAUUAGUUCGUUUGAGAUAAACUAGUAACAUGUUACAUGUUUACAAGAAAUUUCAACGCUGUUCUUUAGCAGCAACGUCGGCCGGCGGUGGGUCCACGAUUUCGGCUCCAAACCUUAAUAGUGUUUAUUUGUUUUUUUUUAAUAGUGUUUAUUUGUUGAGACAUUGAUGUAUAUACCUAAACAUAGGCGUUGAAGUUGAAUAUUUAUUUUCUAAUUACUCGACACUAUUAUUCUUUCUUUUUUUCCUAAUGAACGGAUGCACGAUUAAUUGUUUUUAAGUACGUGUGUUGGUAUUUGUUUAAAAGAAAAAUAAUUACUCAAUAUCUAAUAUCUCAUUUCAAUUUGAUCAUAUACUUUGUUAUUUUAACUUGUUUGCUUCGUUCAAUUGGAUUGGCAAGAUUUCAGAGUUGCAUGCUUGUGUUUUCCGAUGGUUUGGAACAUUGCAACCAAAAAUGUCUACAUAUAAAUUGUAAAAAUAUUUAGUCUAGUCCAUUUAUGCACAAUGCUUCUUUACCCUUGGUCUACAAAACUGAUAUUCUUUAGCUUUUUAAGCUGAUGUUUUUUUUAUAGUUUUAGUUUAUAAUUUUGGAAUAGAUCGCUAAAUCAAACAGGAGACUAUUUCAUUUGGAUUUUAAUCUAGCUUUAUAUUUGUAUAUAUGAUAUAUGUUGAAGAUAAAUUUUCGGCAUGUUAUUAAUAAUAUACAGAUUAUAUUUCUGAAUAUUAAUAUAAGAAACUUGCAGUUUUUGUGAAUUAUUUAAUUGGUAUAGUCAAAGGAUGUAUAGCUUGCUUAUAUAAAAUCAACAGUUCCCAAAAUAAAUUAUGCAGACCUUUCAAAAAGCUAAAGAAUAUCAAAGGAGAAUAAUGGAGAAGGAAGAGUUCUUGGGGAGUGGUCAUGGAAGAGAAGAAAGAAACGAGGAGAUGAGAAAACUUGAUUCUGAUCAAGAACACGACCAUAUUAUUAGAUCCAAGUUGGACUCAAUUAAAGUCGAAAUGGAGGAGGCUAAAGAGGAAAACCGAAGGUUAAAAUCAUCAUUGAGUAGGACAAAAAAGGAGUUUGAGAUCCUUCAAACACAAUACAACCAAUUAAUGGUAAUAAUACAUGAAGACCCGAAUAAGUUCUCACCAAAAGGCUAUAAUCAACACAAAGAAGAAGAUGAAGAAGACAAAGAAAGAACUAGCGACCGUGAAGAUCUUGUCUUGUUGAGCCUAGGUAGACGGUUAAAAUCACCGGUUCCAAGUGGCUCAAUGACAAAUAAAGAAGAGAAAAUGAAAGACUUCAUGAAGGAAACCGAUGAUGACAAAAGAAUUAAUGAACAAGGGUUAAGUAUGGGAUUUGAAUACAAAGAUUUGAGUAAUCCUAGUGAGAAGUUAGAGGUUGACCAUAAUCAAGAAAAGACGUCCUUGGAGGUUAGUAACAGUAAUAAGAUCCAAUCAGAGAAUAGUUUUGGGUUUAAGAAUGAUGGAGAUGAGCAUGAAGAUAAAGAAGAGCCAUUGCCUCAAAACAUUGCUAAGAAAACUAGGGUUUCUGUGAGAGCAAGAUGUGAGACACCGACGAUGAACGAUGGAUGUCAGUGGAGGAAAUAUGGCCAGAAAAUAGCUAAAGGGAAUCCAUGUCCUCGAGCUUACUAUCGUUGUACCAUUGCACCUUCUUGUCCCGUAAGAAAACAGGUGCAAAGAUGUUCAGAAGAUCUGUCUAUACUUAUCUCAACUUACGAAGGAACACACAGCCAUCCACUUCCCAUGUCAGCAACCGCCAUGGCCUCUGCCACUUCCGCCGCAGCCUCCAUGCUCCUCUCCGGAGCCUCCUCCUCCUCCUCCGCAGCCGAUCUUCAUGGCAUUAACUUCUCUAUCUCCAGCAAUAGCAUCACUCCAAAACCACUCCUCCAAACUUCUUCAGGCCAUCCCACCGUCACUCUCGACCUCACAACCACCUCCUCGUCCCAACAACCACUCUUAUCAAUGCUCAAUAGGUUCAGUGUUCCUCCUAGUAACGUCCCAAGAUCUAAUAGUUACCCUUCAACCAAUCUCAGCUUUUCAAACAACACCAACACUUUGAUGAAUUGGGGUGGUGGUAGUAACCGCAAUGAGCAAUACCGUGCACCUUACGGCAACAUUAGCACCCAUCAACAAUCACCUUUCCAACAUAUGAUUCAAACCCGAGCCGCCGGAUUAUCAUUUGACACAUUUGGAAGAUCUUCCUCAUCGUCUCCACAUCCCACACAAAACAGUCUAGACAACGUCAAUUUCAAGAAUAUUACUCAUGAUCAAGUGCAAUCUUUACCGGCGGAAACAAUCAAGGCCAUCACGACAGAUCCAAAUUUUCAAUCGGCCUUGGCGACUGCUUUAUCUUCCAUCAUAGGCGGCGACCUAAAGAUAGAUAAUGUGACUAGAAGUGAAGCCGAGAAGAGCCCUUAAAGUAUAUGUUCUCAUACUUUGGUAUAUGGGUUUCGUUUUAAUACUUUCCUAGUUCAUCUCUACUUUGGUUUAUAAUCAUAAUUUUAAUUUU